GGUCGCUGAGAAGCUUCCUCCAGGAGCUGCGAAAGGUCUGCAAAAUGCAGCACCUUCAGGCCCGGAAGGCAUUGAUCCAAUAACCAUGGAGCGGCUUCUGAGCCAGGUGCAAAAAGGUGGUCCUUCGGUACAAAACGAAGCGCUCGUCGCAGUGACAGGCCUUCCGCCACAGCAUGCGGCAAAGCUCUUGGAGUUUGCCCUUGAGAAGUCCAAGGAGCUACGGGACCCGUCGAUGUAUAUGGUGUCCACGGUGGCAAGGGGCUUCAAGCCCAGAUGGCACGAAAUGGUGGAGGCCUCUGUCCCUUCCAAAGGAAAAGGCGUACAACUUGAGCUGGCGCAAGAUCGAAAGCCGCACAAAGCCAGGAGUGUUCUACUGGGAGAAUUUUCACACAGGCCAGAGAUCAGUGGACGACCCGCGACGUCCGGUUUCUCCUUCCCCUGUGUCCUACUGCUGGCUGCUGCUUGUGGUUUCUGGGUCUGGCUUCAUGACACAAAUGCUUCAGAGAGGGAGAAGGCUACUGCAAAGCCAGUGUUUAGCGCUGAAAAUGCAGCCGAAUUGAAGGCGUUGAAGGCCCUCCAAGAAGACAUGCUGGCUGCUCUUGGUGAGAUGAAGGUUCAGCAGAUGAAGCGGGAUCAAGAAGACAUUGCACAGCAGUGUGCCGAAGAAAGGGAGAAGCAGAUCGCGCUGUUGUACAAGGAGUUGGAAGGAUCUUCUGGCGUCCUUGUACACAGAUUCCCGGCAGCUGCUAUUGAAACUGGGGAGGGGACAUGGUCAAGUCCAAUUUUUUCAGCGUGCAACCGCCUGUGGAGUAUUCGCCUUGGAAAACAUAGUACUAUUGCAAAGUCCUUGUACUUUUGUAUACUGCCCCACGGCCACAAAGACAGACUCAGGUGUUGGUUUCUAUUUGCACGGCCACCAGGCAAGGGUUACAAGGAGUGGCCGGUCCACGACUGGCCGCCAGAGUUGGCUGGCCACCCAUGGGGGCCAAGUGUGCCUCUAGAAGAAAUUGAAGACUACAAGCAGGCCGUGGAGAGGGGAUGGAAGCAAAACACGCUGACAGCGGAUGGCUCCAUCCUACUGCUCGUGCAUGCAACAACAUUGCAGGCUGUGGCAACUGAGAUCCACUUCAAGAGUUGGUCCAAAGAGUUGAAGAGCUUCAUGCACGGGAAGAAAACAGAGGAUUACCUGAUUCGUGACAGGCAUGGACAUAACAUCCAAUGGCAUGACUCCACCAUUGAGCCACCUGCUUCUGACCAAUUCCCUUUGGUGAUCUUGCACCGCCAGGAGUGAGCUGGCGGGGCAGAUGUGAUAACAAGUGAGUGGAGGGCAACGGUGAGUUCGUUUUAAGCAACAAUCCUUUGACCAGCCACGGUUCUUCUUCUCAGGUAUUUUGAAGAACUGUUGUUUGGGAUGAUGUCAAGCCGUUUGGGUCUAAAGAGGCCCAUGGAGGUUUGCCUUCUUCCUUUGAGAAGCACAGGGCAGAGUCAAUGGUCACCCUCCACG